AAGACCCGCGUGGGGGCCGGUUCACAAAGAAGAAAGAGCGCGGCUCCAGCCAGCCGAGAAGCGGCGAGGAAUCGGCUGCGGGCUGUUUGGCGCAAACUUCCUACCGUCGGAGAACGAAGGCGAGGAAGAAGAGGGAGGAGCAGGCGGGGCGAGGCGGGCAGGGAGGAACCGCUCUUGGCUGCCCCGGCUCCGGACGGGACGAUGCUGUCCAACUCUCAGAAUCAGAACCCGCAGGUACUUUUCCCCAACCCGCCGCCGCCGCCCCCUCCGCCGCCGCCGCCACAACUGGCCCAGCAGCAGCAGCAACAGUUCCCCCAGUUCCACAUCAAGUCCGUCCUCCCGAUUAAGAAAAAUGCCAUCACGGACGAUUACAAGGUCACCACGCAAGUGCUGGGGCUGGGGAUUAAUGGGAAAGUUUUGGAAAUCUUUAACAAGAAAACGGGAGACAAGUUUGCCCUGAAGAUGCUGCAAGACUGUCCGAAAGCUCGCAGGGAGGUGGAGCUCCACUGGAGGGCAUCCCAGUGUCCUCAUAUCGUGAAAAUUAUAGAUGUCUAUGAAAACCUUUACCAGGGUCGAAAAUGUCUCCUGAUAGUCAUGGAAUGCUUGGAUGGUGGGGAACUCUUCAGUCGAAUUCAAGACAGAGGAGACCAGGCGUUCACAGAAAGAGAGGCUUCUGAUAUCAUGAAGAGCAUCGGAGAAGCCAUUCAGUAUUUACACUCAAUCAACAUUGCACACCGGGAUGUUAAGCCAGAAAACCUCUUAUACACCUCAAAAAGGCCCAACACUGUAUUAAAACUCACAGACUUUGGCUUUGCUAAAGAAACCACCACACAUAACUCCCUAGCUACACCAUGCUACACGCCAUACUAUGUGGCUCCAGAAGUAUUAGGCCCAGAGAAAUAUGAUAAGUCCUGUGAUAUGUGGUCCCUUGGUGUCAUCAUGUACAUUUUGCUCUGUGGCUAUCCCCCAUUCUAUUCCAACCAUGGUCUGGCCAUUUCUCCAGGCAUGAAGAAACGGAUCCGGAUGGGUCAAUAUGAAUUUCCAAACCCAGAGUGGUCUGAAGUAUCUGAGGAAGUCAAACAGCUGAUCCGGAAUUUGCUGAAAACAGAUCCAACACAGCGGAUGACUAUAACAGAGUUCAUGAAUCACCCAUGGAUCAUGCAAUCAAUGCAGGUGCCGCAGACACCAUUGCACACUAGCAGAGUUUUGAAAGAAGAGAAAGACCUUUGGGAGGAUGUCAAGGAGGAGAUGACAAGUGCCUUGGCCACCAUGAGAGUGGAUUAUGAACAAAUCAAGAUUAAGAAAAUUGAAGACUCAUCUAACCCGUUGCUUAUGAAGAGGCGGAAGAAAGCAAACCCCCCUGAACCUACCCCCCUCCCUCACUGAGGGCUCAGUAGAAUCAAGCCUGGUGGUUGUGAAAGCAAUAACUAUAUCUAUAUAUUUUUAAAACAAAUCGGAGAUAAGACUGUCAUAUCAAACGCAUGGAAUUCAGAUCUUUAUACCAGACUAGUUAUUUUUUUAGCUGCCCCUCAUGGUUCUGACCUUCCUGGGGUCAAGCAGGAGACAGCUGCUCUCUGUACAAUACAGCUAUUUUAUUUUUAUUUUUUGUCCUGUAGGGAAAUGUUUCUGGUAAAUUGGAUUUCUGUUGGUAAAAUCUCCUUUCGUUCUCCCCCACCCGCCCAGAGACGUUGAAAUUCCUGUGAUCACCAUUUAAGGGUUAAUAUAUAUCUAUAUCUAUAUAUUUUUAAAACUACUGUAGAGCUCAAAUCCAGACAGUCAAGAGUCCAGUGCUAAGUUGGUUGUUGAUGUUGUUGGGUUGUUGUUUUUUAAAUAGAGUUAAAGGCUUUCAGUUUGUGUCAAUGAAGGGCCAGGGCUGUUGAAGAAAUGCCAUUUGAAACAAAGGCAUUGUUGACGCUGUGGUCUUCGUGUAACACCAGGAACCAUUUCUUUGCUAUUGUACCUUAAGCUCAGUUUGCAGGUCUUGGACAGUAUUGAUCAAAUGUUCAAAGUACAAGACAGCUCCUUAAACUGGAAGUCAGUCUCUCUCUCUCUCUCUCUCUCUCUCUCUCUCUCUCUCUCUCUCUCUCUCUCUCUCUCUGUGUGUGUCUCUGUCUCUCUGUCUCUGUCUGUCUGUCUGUCUGUCUGUCUGUCUGUCUGUCUGUCUGUCUCUCUCUCUCUCUCUCUCUCUCUCAGUAUGCACAGGAUUACUUCAACUUACUUGUGAGUUUGUGGAUUGUAUGUAAUGAUGUGGUAGGAGGUAUAUUGGGUGUCUGUAAGUAUAGGCAGGAAGGCCCCUACUUUUGUAUUCUACUUUGUGAUGAACCCGGAAUUCAUUUAUGAUCUCAGGGUAUUUGGGUGGGUGGAGCAGGCAGAAAGGAGCUUGUUGAUUGAUUGAUGAUUGAUCUCUUUCAUGUGCUGACACAGCCUUCCUGGAGCAGUACACUAGAAUAUGUCUAGUCUCCAUCCCCACCUCACUCAGUGAUAAAGCCUGCAUCCUGGGUUCAAUUGAAAAGAUCUCAUGCUGUAAGGUUGCAGGCUCACGUUGCCCAUAUCAGUGAGCAUUUUGUUGUGACUGUUGCAUCGUUGUUCUUGGAGCUGUUCAUGGCAGUCCUUAUUCUUGACUUUACCAGGAAACUUCAGCUCAUUGGGAGUGCAUAGCAAAGGUGCAAAUCAGAGAUACACAUCCCAUUGGGAUAUAGCUUGGAACUCAUGUGAGGGCAAAAUCUGCCACCUGUCUACUCUCAUGUGAAAAUUAUAAUGAGAAACUAUUAAAAUGGAGCUUUCUUGGGUGAAUUCCUUAUUGGCUUUGGGUGUGGCUUGACUGCAUGGCACAAAUGUCAACAAUAGGAGAAGAUAAAUGGGGUUCUGCCUAGAAAACCAAAAGGCUGUAGUUUGGAGAAAUGAGGAUGGAAUUUACAUAGGCUGCAAAGCUGAGAUUCUGCUUUUGUGCGUUUGCCUAAAGCCAUGCUCUCUUGAGUCUUGACUCUUACUCUGACUGCAUCAUAGAAAAGUAAAGGGUAAGGUGCCCCUUCACAUAAUACUUUGCCUCAUUAUGCUGGUGGUCAAUCCAUUUUUCGUACUCUUUCUGUAUAUCCUUAGUCCAUGACUGAAUAUCUUUUGCAACAUUUGUUUCACUGGCAUUUUAAUGUUUUAAACCACAUACUUUCUUUUCUUUUUUUAAAGAAAGGUUUAGCUUUUAGGUGACAUUUUAGACACUGUAUGGAAUUUUAAUUUGUAAAAAAGAAAAAGAAAAAAAUAAGUUUUACUCUUUUUUUGGUGUCUCAUUGCUGAAACAAAUUCUUUGAUCUGCUUUUCCCCAUUUUGGAUUAAAGACACCUAAUACAUCA